AUGAAACUGGUUUCAUCCAAUACUCACGUACAUGCUGAUCAUAUUACUGGAACUGGUGAACUGAAGAAGUUAAUACCAACAUGCGAAAGUAUUAUUUCUCUAUGUAGUGGAGCUCAAGCAGAUAAAUAUGUAAAAUCAGGAGAUGAAAUACAGUUUGGAAGAUACUCUGUUGAAGUUAGACAAACUCCAGGGCAUACUAAUGGUUGUAUUACAUUUGUUUGUCAYGAUGAAGCAAUAGCCUUAACUGGAGAUUGCUUAUUGAUUGGUGGUUGUGGACGCACUGACUUUCAAGAAGGAGAUCCUGAAACGUUAUACUCUUCUGUUCAUGAACAAAUAUUUUCGUUACCCGAUUAUUAUAAAGUAUAUCCAGCGCAUGACUAUACGGGUCAGACCGUUUCAACAAUUGGAGAAGAAAAGACUUAUAAUCCA